AUGAGAAAUCAAGUAUUGGGUGUUGCAACACAGGUUCCGGUGAUGGCAAUUGUGAUACUCUUGGUCUUGUUGUUUGUAGGUAUCGGCAUUAUAGUCGUAAUUCAUAUCUGCAUGGUUGGGAGGGCUUUCAGGAGGGGAUUUGGGAACAGGAACAGCAGCAAUAACAUGGUGGUGGAGAGGGGGGAGCUUGGGAGCAGAAGCAUGUCCAGAGAGGAGCUUCCUUGUUUCGAUUUCAAAGCAAAAGAGAUAAAGGGCGCCACUCCUAGUCCUUGUCCUGCGGACUGUGCUGUUUGCUUAGAGGACUUCAAGGCCGGAGAGAAGUGCCGGUUGUUGCCUCUAGGUAGUGCUGAUUUUGACAGGGCUGUUGAAGAAAGUAGCCGAUAUGUUGCUGCUGGGGUUCGCAGAGACCAAGUCAAUAUUGUUUCUGGAACAGAGGGACAACACACGGGGAAUGUCGGGACCAAGUUUAAGAACUCUGAGAGCGCCAAUACAGUAGAAUACUAUUUUUAG